GCUCCGCCAUGACCAGCCAGCAGAUAGUCCUCCAGGGCCCGGGACCAUGGGGCUUCCGCCUCGUGGGGGGCAAGGACUUCGAGCAACCCCUGACCAUUUCCCGGGUCACUCCCGGAAGCAAGGCUGCGAUGGCUAACCUGUGCAUCGGAGAUGUAAUCACAGCCAUCGAUGGGGAAAACACCAGCAGUCUGACACACUUGGAAGCUCAGAACAAAAUCAAGGGCUGCGCAGACAACAUGACUCUCACGGUCACCAGAUCUGAACAAAAAAUCUGGUCUCCCCUGGUGACAGAGGAAGGGAAACGUCAUCCGUACAAGAUGAAUUUAGCCUCUGAACCCCAAGAGGUCCCACACAUAGGGAGUGCCCACAACCGGAGUGCCGUGCCCUUUACCGCCUCACCGGCCACCAGCUCUGCCCCCAGGGUCAUCACAAACCAGUACAACAAUCCAGCUGGCCUCUAUUCCUCUGAAAACAUCUCCAACUUCAACAACGCCUUGGAGUCCAAGACAGCAGCCAGCGGGCAAGAGACAAAUGGCAGAGCCUCAGACCAUUCUCAUAGGUGUGUAGUAAUAUCUCAUUCUGCUUUUAAUUUGCACUUUCCUCAUGCAAAGGAUGUCAGACAUCUUUUCAUGGGCUUAUUUGCCAUCAGUAUACUCUCCAGUCCUUUUUUCAAUAUCCAGUUUCAGAUCCCGCCCUAUUUCUCAGCCUUAGUUGCUUUUUUCCAGAAGCUGCCAUCCUCUAGGGAAGAGGGACAGAGGGCUGCUGGUUGGGCCCAGCCUGGCUCCAGGAGUCCUCCCAUCCCAGAGCCCAUGACUCUGAAAGAACUAAAUGAAACUUCUGCAGUCCCACCCUUCCUGGCCAACCCAAGUGUUUUCCUCCUUGUAGGGGACCCCAACAAGCCCUCAGGUUUCAGAAGUGUUAAGGCUCCGGUCACCAAAGUGGCUGCAUCUAUUGGAAACGCUCAGAAGUUGCCCAUGUGUGACAAAUGCGGCACCGGCAUCGUCGGUGUGUUUGUGAAGCUGCGGGACCGUCACCGCCACCCUGAGUGCUACGUGUGCACUGACUGUGGCACCAACCUGAAACAGAAGGGCCACUUCUUCGUGGAGGAUCAGAUCUACUGUGAAAAGCACGCCCGGGAGCGGGUCACACCCCCUGAGGGCUACGACGUGGUCACCGUGUUCCCCAAGUGAACCGGCAGCCCUGCACCUGUCGCGACUUGUCCUCUCGCUGCCCUGGCCCUCUCCUCCCCUCCGAGGUCUCGCCAACUUCGGUUUUAUCCCUGCUCCUUAAACACCACGUCUGCCUGCCUCUGCUAACUGACUCGCUGGCCCUGUGACACCUGCUUGUACGAUUAACAGGAGGUUGUUUCGUUCCGUGGCCCCCUUGCCAGCAUCCCGGGGUCUUCUCUUCGCCUCAGUUCAUCUCUGCCGCAAAUGGACAUCAGCCAAAUUGGAACCAAACCAAAUUUAAUCUGUGUGACGUUGAUUUUGUUUUUACUCAAUAAAUUUAUAGACACCGAG